AUCUUCAAAGUGUAUAGCCACACUGGCUCACUUGAAAAAGAAAAAAUAGAUCAUUCCUGGCUGGUGCUACAUAGCAGAUGGUGGAAGGAUACUGCUGUGCUGUGACUCCCAAGCACAUUUUUUUUUUUUGAGAACGCAGUUGAUCCAAGUGGUUUUCAUUCUGUGCUUGGCCAACAUCUGAUACACAGUGAAUACACUUUUUCCUCUGUUCAUGCACAUAUGUAGCAGCUACAACAGCUCAGCAAGCACUUAGCCUACCACCAUAAUGGAAUACAGGUCUACCUUGACUUAACACUGUUAAAGUUUAAUAGUAGUUAAGCUGUUACAUGAUCCAUAUUCUUUUCGCUUUAGUUAGUGAAGUGAGGAAAAAAAAUCCGCAAUUAAUAUGCUGUUAUGCUGUCUUGUGAGUACUUGGACUAGAGGUGUCCCGAUCCGAUAUUUGGAUCAAAUCGGACGCCGAUAUGGGCAAAAAAAUGCGCAUCGGUAUCGGAUCGGCUGACACGGAAAAAUUUCGAUCCAGACUUCCGAUCCAGUUUUUUUUUGAAAAACCGGUCCAGUUUUUCCAGCGCACCGAUAUACAUAAUCCAUUCCAGUUUUUGCUUCGGUUUCCCUAAAAUCCGGUCCGUAUUUUAGGGCACUCCUUCAACACACCACAUUACCGUCUCCCAAUUACUAUCGGUAAAAAUGUCAGCUGUGUGGGAUCAUUUCACCUUAAAGGACGACAAAGACGAAGAGGCAGAGUGCAACAUAUGCCACAAUAAAGUCAAGCGUGGUGGUAAAGCUGUAAGAAGUUUUAAUACAACCAACCUAAUAAAGCAUUUAGCGACAUACCACCACAAACAAUAUAAGGAGUAUGUUAAAAAAAAAAACGAAGACAAAAAGAAAGGUCCUACGCAACUAACACUGGCAGAAACUUUUGUUAUGCGUGACAAACUGGCACUCGACAGUCCCAAAGCCCAGGGAAUAACGAGUCAUUGCCGAAGAAUUCAUUCUGGAUGACAAGCCAUUAUCUCUCGUAAACGUCCGGCAGAGGACAUGGACGAGGAGCAUGCCUUCAAGCGCUCGCGCAACACUGAUGAGUUGUUGGAGCUGCGUGUGCUGCUCCAGAGCAAAAACGCAGGUGCUGUUAUAGGAAAGGGCGGCAAGAACAUAAAAGCUCUCCGCACAGACUACAAUGCCAGUGUGUCAGUCCCAGACAGCAGUGGCCCAGAGCGGAUCCUAAGCGUGAAUGCCAACAUCGACACCAUUGGAGACAUUCUGCUAAAGAUCAUACCAACUUUGGAGGAGUACCAGCAUUACAGUGGUGUUGACUUUGAUUGCGAGCUGCGCUUGUUGAUCCAUCAAAGCUUGGCAGGUGGCAUCAUCGGCGUGAAAGGCAGCAAGAUCAAGGAGCUGCGAGAGAAUACGCAGACGACCAUUAAGCUGUUUCAGGACUGUUGUCCACAUUCUACAGACAGAGUUGUCUCUGUGGGUGGGAAGCCAGACCGAGUCGUAGAAUGCAUCAAAGUCAUCCUAGAGCUCGUGGCUGAGGCGCCAAUCAAAGGCCGCGCCCAGCCUUACGAUCCCAACUUCUAUGACGAAACGUACGACUACGGUGGCUUUACAGUCAUGUUUGAGGAGCGGGGCCGGCGGCCCGUAAGCGGGUUCCCAAUUCGUGUGCGGGGCGGCUAUGAGCGUCUGCCUCCCUCUCGCAGCAGCCGUCCGCCUCCCCCAUCACGUCGGGAUUACGACGACCUGAGCCCCCGCCGAGGUCCGCUGCCACCUCUGAGCCGGGGACGCGUGGGUAGCCGAACCCGCAACCUGCCGCUCCCACCCCCGCCGCCACGAGGAGGAGACAGAUUCUCCCAUGGCAGCUAUCAUGACGACAGACCAAGUGAAAGAAGAAGCCGUGGAGGAGACCGUUACGACAGCAUGAGUGGAGGCAGUUAUGACAAUUCCUGGGAUCGCUUUCAUUCUGGUGGCCGAGGCUCCUACAGUGACAUGGGAGGGCCCGUCGUUACCACGCAGGUCACCAUUCCCAAAGAUCUCGCCGGCUCCAUCAUCGGUAAGGGAGGCCAAAGGAUCAAGCAAAUACGCCACGAGUCCGGGGCUUCCAUCAAGAUCGAUGAGCCGCUGGAGGGCUCGGAGGACCGCAUCAUUACUAUCGUUGGCACGCAGGAUCAGAUCCAGAAUGCCCAAUACCUGCUGCAGAACAGUGUGAAGCAGUAUUCUGGUCGAUUCUUUUAGGACAAGAGCAAGUCAAGUGAAGCAAAUGUGUACAGUUUGCUGUAGAGCUGACAUUUCUCCAUCGUGAAAGGGUCAGUUCUACUGUAUCUAAAUUAACUUCAGAAAAGUAUUUAAAAAACACAAAAAAACUGCCCCAUAAUAUGUCUCUGUGCUGGUGUUUUUUAAAUAAAUGAUGUCAUCAAAUUAUCUUUAAAGUUGUUUGCAUUACAGUGCAGCAUGCAGUGUUUUUUUUAAUUUGAGUUACACAUUUUAUGGCCAUGGAAAUUAGCAGUAGUUGGCAUUAUUGAUGGACUUGGAUAGCGUCGCCAUUUGUCGUCAGCCUUGUGACAACUUCAAAACUAGAAUGAUCAACUGUGAAUAUUUUCUUCAGUCUGUCAAUGUCCCUUCUCUUUUAUCUACACAUUACUAUUGUGCUAAAAAGACUCUUGUUCAAAAGUUACGCAUUUGCUUUGAUAUUUGAUGAAUGUUUAAUACUUUAAGAUUUUUUACAUUGUUUUCAUAUAGCGGCGAUACGCUGUACAAAUGAUGUAUACAAUAUUUACAUGUUUUUUUUCCUCUUGCCAAAUGAAUGCUUUGGGAUGUUUUUUUUUUUUUUUGUUUUUUUUUGUUUUAAGUCUUGUUGUGUUUGAUCAUCUAUGUGGUUUACAGGUGUUUGUAAAGUGUUGGUACAUAACCUUCUGGUUACCUGUGACUGAUAUCCUGAAGUGUUUUUGCUAAAUAAAAGUUUGUUUGUUUUCCACCCGCCUGCCAAAGUUAUUUGGUAUACAACUGGGGUGGUGCAAUGGCUUGGGAAAAAUAACAAGAAACAUUUUUAUUUUAGCUCAACUGACAAAAAUCUAAAUUUUGUUAUUUGUUGGGAACUAUUAAACAAA